AUGUACAAUGAAGCAGAGCAUCCACUGAUAGAGUCAACGCUGCCACAAGAACAAGGAUCAAACAUUGACGACUCUCUUCUCCACCGAACAUGUUUGGAAUCGAAGAAGCUCUGGCACAUUGCUGGCCCCUCUAUCUUCAGCCGUCUCGCAAUGUUCUCCAUCACCGUCGUUACUCAGUCGUUCGCUGGCCAUCUCGGCGACCUCAAUCUCGCUGCCAUUUCCAUUGCCUGCACCGUCCUCAUCUCCAUCACUUUCGGUUUCUUGCUUGGGAUGGCGAGUGCGCUUGAGACCCUUUGUGGCCAAGCUUACGGUGCGAGACAGUACCACAUGUUGGGCGUUUAUUUACAACGUUCUUGGGUUGUUCUGUUCCUGUCUUCGAUUUUGUUAUUGCCCAUGUUUGUGUUUGCCACGCCAAUGUUGAAGUUCAUUGGACAGCCCCCGGAAGUGGCGGAGCAAGCGGGUUUGGUGGCGAUUUGGUUGAUCCCGUUUCACUUGAGCUUCCCAUUUCAAUUCACCUUGCAGAGGUUCUUGCAGUGUCAGCUAAAGACCAACGUUGUAGCCUUGGUUUCAGGGGUAGCUCUUGUAAUCCAUGUUUUACUGAGUUGGAUUUUUGUUUAUAAGAUGAAAGUGGGGAUUGUUGGCACUGCUUUAUCUAUUGAUUUCUCAUGGUGGGUGUCUGUUAUGGGAAUGCUUGGGUAUACCCUCUUUGGCGGGUGUCCACAGUCAUGGACUGGUUUUUCUGCUGAAGCUUUUGUUGGGUUAUGGGAAUUCUUCAAACUCUCUUUGGCUUCUGGGGUUAUGCUUGCGUUAGAGAAUUUCUAUUACAGAUUGCUGCUUAUAGUGUCUGGGUAUAUGCACAAUUCUGAGAUUGCGAUCGAUGCUCUUUCUGUUUGUGUAACUAUUUAUGGUUGGGAAUCCAUGAUACCGCUUGGAUUUUUGGCUGCAACCGGGGUGCGUACAUCAAACGAGCUUGGAGCGGGCAAUGCAAAAGAAGCAAAAUUUGCAACGGUGGUUUCAGUGGUAAAUACUGUAAUAGUGGGAUUUAUAUUUUGGUUGAUAAUUGUGGCCUUUAAUGAGAAGCUUGCUAUGAUCUUUACAUCGAGCUCGUCUGUUAUCCAAAUGGUCAAUGAACUCGCACUCCUGUUAGCUUUUACCAUUCUUCUUAAUUGCAUUCAACCAGUUCUUUCAGGGGUAGCAGUUGGAUCUGGUCGGCAAGCAGUAGUGGCUUAUAUAAACAUUGGUAGUUACUAUGUGGUAGGAUUGCCUCUUGGGGUUCUUCUAGGCUGGUUGCUACCUUCGCCUAUUGUUGGUAUGUGGAUUGGAAUGAUGAGUGGAACGGUGGUUCAAACAUUGAUCUUGACUAUUAUUACGAUGAGAUAUGAUUGGGAAAAGGAGGUACGGAAAGCCCAGAUUUUUAUUAAGGAGGAGACAACCUCCAACCAGUAACACAGGUGAAAUUCAUAUUGCACUAACUCUUAAGAUAUUACUUUGCUAUUUAAGAUAAUUUUAUUCUUUGCCUCUUAAAAGACCACCUCAAUUACUGAUUUAUGAUGCUUUACUAAGAAAUUUUUAGAUCUCUCGAAGCAUGUAUUUUUUAUAUGGCUGAACCUCG